AUGUUUUUAUCUAUCUAUCUAUCUAUCUAUCUAUCUAUUGGUUUGGUUUGCCCAAACCUAACCGUUUAUUUCAUAGUUCUCCCCUUAUCGGCCCGAUUUUUCUCAUUUAUUUGCUUCCUCCCUUCUUCCCCGUCUCCCCACUUUCUCUCAUUAAUGGUCAUUCUAACUUUGAUCUCCCUCCUCUUUUUUCCCUCUUUCCUCCCUCUUUUAUAUCCCCUCCCUCUCUUUUUCCCCUCCCUAUUUCCCUUUUCCCUCCCUCUCUUUCCCCCCUCCCUCCCUCUUUUGUUCCCUCCCUCUUUUCCCCCUCCCUCCUCUCUUUUCUUUCCCCUCUUUCCAUCCCCUUUUUUUCCCCUCCCCCCCUUUCCCUUCAAUUUUCCCUCCCUCCUCUUUUCCCCCUCCCUCCCUCUCUUUUCCCCCUCCCUCCCUCUCUUUUCCCCCUCCCUCCCUCUCUUUUCCCCCUAA